UCUGCUGAUAUUUUCUUAAUCAUUGUAGAUCAUUUUAUUUUAAAGCUGCACACCAUGGUAUAUGUAAGCAUGAAAUAAUGAUCGUUGUUUUGUGGAGGAUAAGUUUUCUCUGCUUGGUUUUGCUUGUGGCAGGCGUACCAGGCUCUAUCUGCUCAGGAGAUAGGGAUGGCAUAGUGAGAUAUGGACCGGGAUGUGAGCUCCCGUGCUUCUGUAAGGAUAGGGGAGAAUGUGAUCAAACGAGCGGCACGUGCAAGGCGGGCUGCGCUCCAGGCAUGUUCGGGCCUAGCUGCCAGUACCGUGAUAUUGCACACGACCAAAUGAAGAACGCGAGGCAUUCGGACAAUUUGGAACAACACCAUCGCUAUGCUGACCUGGCUGUGGACGAUAACCUCACCACUUGCAGCUCUACAGACUUUGCAAAUAAACUAAGAACAGAGCCACCCUGGUGGCUUAUUUGGUUCCCGUUCGAUGUCAGUUUCUCUUACAUCGAAAUGACCAUUAAGAAAACUUCUCUACGGUUUAUGUCUAAUUUUACUGUGUCUGUUAAAAACAUGUCUGAACAUCAAGGAGCAAGUAUAACGUUUUGGCCUUCUGAAGAACACCUUUGUUACUCGGGCGAUGGUUUUGAUAUUGAAAAGGAUAGCCACUAUGUCACCAUCAAGUUGUUUUGUAGUUCACUGUCAAUGGGAAACACCAUAAAGAUUACUCUUGGUUCGACAAACACUCAACUAGAACUUUGUGAUGUCAAUAUAAAACAAGGAGGAAGUAUUGCACACGGUAAACGAACUUCAAGCUCACCUGCUAAAAAAGGCAAUGCAAGCAAUGUUGUUGAUGGUUCGCUUGUGAAAGUCGAAAAAAAUUGUUUUGUCGGUAAAAAUCCAAAUCCAUGGUGGCAAGUUGAUCUUGGUGGCGUUUCAAGUAUCCGUGAACUGAGAUUAACGCCAUUUUAUCAAAAAUCAUUUUCGGGGUACAAAGUGAAUAUAUCAACGCAUGAAAAUUACUCAUCCUGGAAAACAGUGUAUAACGACUCUAGCUCAGGACAAAAGUAUGUUCAACUUACAUUUGCUGCCAGACAUAUUCGUAUUUACAGACCGGGCAAAACAAAGUUAUCGCUUUGUGAGGUGGAAGUUUAUGAAGUAUGUGGUUAUCGGCGCUGGGGUGAUGCUUGUGAGAAGGAAUGUUACUGUGGAGGUGAAGCCCCCUGUGACAUGUAUACCGGUAGUUGUCCUGGAACAUCCUGUGAUAAGAGCAUGCACGGCCAGCAUUGCUCAACCCGCUGUAACAAACACUGCUCUAAAGGUUGUAACAAGAGCGACGGGAAGUGCAGUUCGUGUGAACCUGGGUAUCACGGGGACUUUUGUAACGAACCUUGUGUUAACAACACGUUCGGUCCUAACUGUUCCAACAAAUGCACUGAACAUUGUACCGGUCAAUGUGACAAUGUUAAUGGGAUCUGUACCAUGUGUUCUCCAGGCUAUAAAGGGCAGUUCUGCAAUGAAGCUUACGACAACGGAACAUUUGGCCGGAAUUGUUUGCAAAACUGUAGCAAUCAGUGCUCUGGACCUUGUAACAAAGAGCUCGGGACUUGCAAUUCAUGUCAACCUGGAUAUCAGGGGAAUUUUUGCAGGAAACCCUGUGACAAUAACACGUACGGCCUGAACUGCGGCAAGCAAUGUAGCGAUCAGUGCUUUGGACAUUGUAACACUAUUGACGGAGCCUGCACUACAUGUGAACCUGGAUUUGAGGGGCAAUUCUGCAACAACUCUUGUGUUAACAACACAUUCGGUCCUAACUGUUCCUACAAAUGCAAUGAACAUUGUACCGGUCAAUGUGACAAUGUUAAUGGGAUCUGUACCAUGUGUUCUCCAGGCUAUAAAGGGCAGUUCUGCAAUGAAGCUUGCGACAACGGAACAUUUGGCCGGAAUUGUUUGCAAAACUGUAGCAAUCAGUGCUCUGGACCUUGUAACAAAGAGCUCGGGACUUGCAAUUCAUGUCAACCUGGAUAUCAGGGGAAUUUUUGCAGGAAACCCUGUGACAAUAACACGUACGGCCUGAACUGCGGCAAGCAAUGUAGCGAUCAGUGCUUUGGACAUUGUAACACUAUUGACGGAACCUGCACUACAUGUGAACCUGGAUUUGAGGGGCAAUUCUGCAACAACUCUUGUGUUAACAACACAUUCGGUCCUAACUGUUCCUACAAAUGCAAUGAACAUUGUACUGGUCAAUGUGACAAUGUAAAUGGGAUCUGUACCAUGUGUUCUCCAGGCUAUAAAGGGCAGUUCUGCAUUGAAGGCUGUGACAAUAACACGUAUGGCCUGAACUGUGCCAAGCAAUGUAGCGAUCACUGUUCUGGACCUUGUAACAAUAUUGAUGGAAACUGCACUACAUGUAAACCUGGAUUUGAGGGACAAUUCUGCAACAACUCCUGUACAAAAACUAAGUGGGGAAUGAACUGUAACAAAACCUGUGGCCAGUGCGCUACUGAAGAAUGCAACUCUUACAACGGCUUCUGUGAAACGGGAUGUAAGGCUGGUUACCAGCUGAACACUUGCAACGAACCUUGUGACAAUCGCUCAUUUGGUGUGAACUGCAGUGGCACAUGUAAUUCAAAUUGCAAAGGUCCCUGUAACAAGACUAAUGGCCUGUGUAUGGACUGUCAAAGCGGAUGGAACGGUUCUUACUGUGACAAAAACUGUCCAGGCGGUUACUACGGUUCACGCUGCAUACAUGGUUGUGGAUACUGUUUGAAUAGUCCCUGUGACAGAGUGUCAGGCAACUGUUCGGAAGGCUGCAAACCUGGAUAUCAACAUACGCCAAAAUGUUUUGAAAAGUGUCCCAUUGGAACAUUUGGUUUGAAAUGCUUAAGACAUUGCAGUGUGCAUUGUGAUCGUACAUGUGACCGUGUGAGAGGCCAUUGCUCAUGUCAAACGGGAUACCAAUUGCCGAAGUGUAUUUAUGAAUGUGAGCUUGGAACAUGGGGGAAAAACUGCGAUCAAACGUGUGGAGGUUGCCAUGCUGAAAACUGUAGCAAGACCGAUGGCCACUGCCUUAGUGGAUGCAAAUAUGGAUAUAAAAUAUCAUCGGACUGCAUGGAAAAAUGUGACGACGGCAAAUAUGGUUACAACUGCUCUGAAUCAUGUAGCAGAAACUGUGAAGAUCCAACGUCCUGUAACACAACCACUGGCUUUUGUGGCUCUUGCAAGCGGGGUUGGCAAGGCGCAAUGUGUAGUGAAAGAUGUCCUGACCAAAGGUAUGGCCAGAAUUGCCAGGAAAAGUGUGGGCACUGUGCGGGAGCGACAUGUAAUAUAAUGGAUGGACAUUGUAUUUCAUGUAUACCUGGCUACAUAAAUGAUGGACGAUGCAAAACUGGAUGCGAGGCUGGUAGUCACGGUGUGGACUGUCAGGAGCGGUGUGGAAUGUGCGCCGGAAACAAAUCCUGUCACCCGGAGAACGGGACCUGUCCACUUGGCUGCAAGACGGGAUUCUCUGGAGAUGGAUGUACACAGAAUCUGCAAGCGCCCUCAGAGCCUCUUAUAGUGGCAAUUGCUGGAGCUGUUGGAGGUGGAGUUUUGAUCAUCACCGUUAUUGCGGUAACAGUCGUUGUUCUGUUGAUUAAAAGGUGUGAAGCUGAACAAUGCCAGAAGAAAACGCCAGCAAAUAAGAUAAAUAAGUCUGCAGAAAUCCGACAUCCUGGAACAAGUAAGGCCCAGACAAAGUCAUCUGAUGAUCCUGAAGAGUCAGGGAAUAAACAACGUAAAGUUUAUUUUCAAGAUAAGCACCUUCCUGUAGCACCCACGGACGAUCCUGUAGUUGUACUUGAGCCCACCUACGGAAACAUGAGUGGUGAAGAGGGGCAGUCGCCACCGAACCCCGUGACCUUGUCUCAGCUUCUCAGCUAUAUAGGCACAAAGUCUGCCGACCAGACAUAUUUUAGCAAUGAAUACACGAAAAUUCCAACCGGCAUGAUUCACCCAGCGACCGCUGCCAGAGACCCGGAAAAUGCCGGCAAGAGUAGAUACAAGAACCUGUAUGCAUACGAUCACUCAAGAGUACACCUCAAGAAACAGCAAGGAGAGACGGACUAUAUCAACGCGUGUUUCAUUCAGGGUUAUUCCGGAAGGCCAGAGUUCAUUGCUUCACAAGGUCCUAUGGAAGCUAUGAUCGAAGACUUUGUUCGUAUGAUCUGGGAAAAUAGCGUCAUUACAGUCGUCAUGGUUACCAACCCCGUCGAGCUUGGAAAAAUCAAAUGCCUGCCGUAUUGGGGGGAGAUAAAUGAGGAAAAGGAGAUUGGUAUGUUUGUGGUGGAGCUUACGGCAGAGCAGCAAAAUAGCGACUUCGUCGUCAGGGAUAUAAAAGUGUUAGAGAAGACUAACCCGGACGUAGCACGAAGUGUCCGCCAGUUCCACUACACAGCGUGGCCGGACAAAGAUGUGCCGGAUAGCCCCGCCAGCCUGCUCAUGUUCUGGCACACCGUUCGCGCGUACGACCCCCAACGUGUAGCGCCAUGGCUUGUGCAUUGCAGCGCUGGUGUUGGACGAACCGGGACGUUUAUUGCGAUGGACAUUCUACACAGCCAUGGCAACAAGACUGGCGUCCUUGACGUAUUCCAGUGCGUUCACACUCUGAGGGAUCAGCGCGUCAAUAUGGUCCAAACACUCAGUCAGUACAAAUUCCUACACGAGGUAAUGUACGAGGCCCUUGUGCUGUCUUCUUGGCCAGUCCCGAUUGAUGAGUUUCCCAAUGAACACCAGCGCCUCAUCAAGGUCGACCCCGUCCUCAACAAGACAAACAUUCUACUAGAAUAUGAGAAUGAAAAGGCCUACCAAACGAUGGUGUUGUCAAAAAUUCGCCUGGAUUCGUAUGGUCAAGAGAUGGACGUCUUUUCUAUCGCGAGUUUGCCGGAGAACGUCAGCAAAAACAGAUCACAGUCCCUACUUGCCCAUAAUAUGUACAGACCUAUCCUUCGCACGCCAGUAAGCGGACGCAACGACUAUAUUAAUGCUGUUUACAUUCCGACGCUGUUUGAACGAUACGCAUUUGUGGUGAGUCAGACACCCCUAGAGGAGACGCUAGUGGACUUUUGUCGCCUCAUACACGACCUCGACAUCCGCAUCGUGGUCUCAUUCCCGGACGAAGGGAGAGAACAGGUUGGUAAACUUCCAACCAGCGGCUCAAGCACAAUCGGACCUUUCACAGUUCGUUUUGAGAAGGAGAAAACAUCGGAUAGCAUCAUACACAGAAAAUACUCUCUGACAAACAAAACUGGGGGUAAGAAAGAGUUCUGCCAGCUGGUGUACAGGAAAUGGACGAUGCGACAGGUGGUUCCAUCGGAUCGAAAGUCUUUUGUGAUGCUUCUACAUGAAGUUGAGACACUUCGAAAGGCGAAUCGAAAAUGUCCAGUCCUUAUAACCUGCUUUAUGGGAUUCGAGCGAAGCGGCCUGGUGGCGGUGUUGUUUGCCAUUCUUGCCAUACUGACCAGGACAGGUGCCGUAUCUGUCCCUCUCGUUAUACGGCACUUACGGACACGCAGGCAACAACUCAUACCGAAUUUCGAGCAGUUUCAGUUUUGCCACGAUGUGGUCCUGGACCACGCCAAUGCAAGAGAAACCUGCGACAAUGUCUGACUGUGAGAUGGAUGCCAUGAUGCUAGUGUGUCAGUGACGGGUUAUGUAUUAAACCUAAUAAACCCUAUUAAAGAACCAAGUUUGCCGGUCGUUCUUGACCGGCCUUUUCUAGUGUUUCUAGAAAGAUAGAACGUACAUAACGAUCUUCGUUUGUAUAAUUUUGGUUAUGCAUGCUUAACAGUUUUAUAAACAGUUGUUAACUGCUUGAGCUAUUAUGAUUAUUAGAAGACUAGACAUACUGCUUGAAAUGAGACUGACUGAGGGUUUUACUCUCUCCCCAAAUUCAACCUAUGGAGUAUCGAAUGUUCUCUGAUAACUUGAAUACCACAUGCCAAAUAGCGGAGUAUCAGCAUCCAUUCUCCUACAAAGUUAUCUUCCUUGACAUGCAGAAUAAAUCUGUCUGCCCUGGAUCUAUAUAUUUAGUAGAGUUUUAUUUUCCUUUUCAUGGAUUUUUUUUUAUAUUAUUUAAAUUAUUCAAGGUGAAUGGAGGUAAAAAUCAACAAAAAAAUCAAAGAUUCCUUGUAAUCUGUAUCUAAGUAGAACGUGAUAUCUAUUCAUGGUCACGUGAUUUGCAUUUGGCCAGUGAUUACUGUACCGUAUUUUAUUUGGAGAAACGCUGCCUGGGGUUUGAGAAUCUUAGUACUCGUAGCAUGCAAUGUUUGACCUGCGUUGUCUAUUUUAUGUGAUUUAACUGACAAUAUGUUCAACUUUGCAUUUUUAGCUCACCACAGCACGAAGUGCUCAAGGUGAGCUAUUGUGAUAGGUCUUUGUCCGUCGUCCGUCCGUCAGUCAGUCCAUCCGUCCGUCAACAAUUGCUUAAAAACAUCUCCUCUGAAACUACUUGGCCAAAUUCAAUAAAAAUUAACAAGAAGCUUCCUAAGGUCAUCAUUGAUCAACAACAACAACAACAACAACAACAGCAAUCUGACCAACUUCCUGUUUUUCUUUAACAAAACAUCUCUUCUAAAACUUACAUGCCAAAUUCACUGAAACUUUACAGGAAGCUUUACAGCAUGACCCUCUACAAAAUACAUAGGCAUUAAGAGUGAUCAACAAUAACAACAACAAAAUGGCCGACUUACUGUUUUGCUUAAAAAUAUCUCUAAAACUUGCAGGCCAAAUUCAAUGAAAUAUUACAGGUAGCUUCAUUGCAUGACCCUUUACAAAUAUAAAACAAGGCAUCGUCAUCAGUAUAAAUAUGUUUAAAUUGCAACAUUUUUAUCAAUGCUUUAUCAGAGUGUUGUGGCCCUUUGCUUAGGUGAGCCUUUUAUUGCCAUCAUGGCCCUCUUGUUAAUUAUAGUGACCUUAUUGUAGUAAAUAUUGAUUUAUUCUGUCUGUGAUUUUGAAUUAUUACUUUGUUUAAUAUGUGUAUAUGAUAUAGUAGUAUAAUAUUUAUUCGGUUCGUUUGAACUUAUAUUUGAUAUGUAGAAUUAUAUAUUAUACCAUUCAAUUGUAUUUGUUUAUGCUAUUGUAGCAUUAUAUUGUAUUCCCUUAUUUGUAUUUGUACAUGAUAUUGUGGAAUUAUGGGAUUUUUCUCCUUUUAUUUAUAUUUGUAUAUAAUCAGUAGCAGUAUGCUUUACUCCAUUCAUCUGUAGUUGUAUAUUAUAUUUAGCAAAAUGCUUUAUUACUUUUUUUACUGUUGCUGUUUUCUUUUUUUCAAAUAUAUGGUACAGUUUAAUUAUAUUGUUUGUUUACGCCUGCUGUAAAUUAAAACACUACCUUCACUUCUGCA